AUGAAGAAUUCAGCCAUUGCAGCAGUGUUGUUGGUCUUUACCAUAGCACAGUCGCAGGCAUUCUACACCCUGCUCGACAGUGAACUUCUUCCCGAACGAGAGCGCCGUCCAGUUGAUCCAGCAGAAAGAGCAGCCGAAGAACCGAUAGAGGCGGAGGCUGGAGCGGAGCAGCAGGAGCGUGAAUUGGCAGAGCCCAUUGAAGUUACACAACGUGACAUCACCCUGCUGAGACGCGAUUUAAUAAUUUCUCUUGAGCGUCUUCGUCGUACGCUGGAGCGUCAGUUGCCUGUCAUGCCUUUGCAGCGUUACCCGGGCGAAUUUAUUGCUGUCAUUGCUCAGUCACAGGCAUUUUUCACUCUUCUUGACAAUGAAUUCCUCUCAGAUAAGGGACGUCAGCCUUCCAAUGCGUUGAAAAAAGAAUCACAGGAGUCAGUAGAGAUGGAAGCUUUGAUGGAGCCUCUUGGUGUGACUCAUAACGACAUCGUUCUCUUGAGGCGAGAUAUCACUCUGUUGAAACGAGACAUUCUCAUUGCUCUUGAACGUCUUCGUCGUACAAUGGAACGCCAGUUAAACUUAGGCACUUACUGGCCCUUCAAUGUGCGUUUCCCACGUGAACUGAAUGCUCACUUUCCAAAUUACCCCAGCAGCAGGCAGUAG